AUGCACAACGCGGAGCUACUCAUUGCUAUGCAUUCGUGCAUAGAGGAGUCGCACUGCGCGACGCUACGCAAAGCGGUGGCUGCUUUUUCGAUACCGUGCCUUAACACCGGAGGUGCCUUCUCGCAGGAUAUGGUGUGUUUCCGGAAAAACGAGAGGGGCUGUGCAACUCUACCGUUCACGGCGUCAGAUGCUACGGUUCACAGUUUUUAUGUCAACACUAGUGUCAGCUGCUGUAAGUGCUGCUUGGCCAUGAUCUUCCAGUGGCAGUCUUCCGAUGACGGUAAGAAUAGAGAGAGGAGGGAAAAAGGUCUUUCGGCUCCGAUAGGUUGCCCAUCGUGUGAGAUAUUGGGUGAAGAGGAAGAGAGAGAGAAAAUGGUAGGGUUUGGGUUGAAUUUGUCGGUCACCCACCUAAGGAUCUAUGACACCGACAAGCUCACCCGAAAAUUCUUACCCUUUUCUGUUGAUAUUAGCUUUGAUAGUGAUAUUGCUGGUGUUCGAGAAUUUGAUGGACCAUCAUUGUCCAGUAAGACCCAUGAACACACGGUAUCAAUGUAUCUUGACAUGGAUAAAUUCAAUUCAACAUCUAGCACUUCUACACUCCAAGUGGAUAAAUCAUCUAAUUCAUCAACAGCAAGGUCGGCUAUCCCAAUGCUACCCUUCAACUGA